AUGACUACAGCUCAUCGUCCCACUUUUCACAAUGCUCUUGGAGCUAACAAUUCGAGCAAUCAGCCCAUCCCUACCAUCUUCAGAAGGGCCCGAGAUGAGCCUGGUCACCUCACGUUGAAGUUUCGCGAGUCAAAAGAUACUGGUGGGUCCAACAAAGAAGCGUUACGGAGAGAGCUAGAGAAGAAGGAGAAAGGGGUCAAGCGCGCAUUAGAGCCCCCACCGCCGGACUCGGCGUUUCCUGAGGACUGUGAUGAGGACCCCGAUGCGGGUGGAGGGGACUCGGGGACAGAGUCGGAGGCCGAUCGAGACUCGAGUGGUAGUGAUGAUGAGGAAGAUGAGGAGGAGGCUGAGUUGAUGCGGGAGCUCGCCAAGAUCCGCGCGGAGAGGGCGGCCGAGGAGGCUAAGGCGGCGGCGGUUGAACAGGCUAAGGAGGAGGAAGAGGAGAGGCAACAGAUCGCUGUUGGGAACCCUCUCUUACAAGGUGGCGGCAAUAUGCAAUUGAAGCGGAGAUGGGAUGAUGACACUGUGUUCAAGAAUCAAUCUAGGAACCAGCCUAAGGGCAAGAAAAGGUUCAUUAACGAUGCGGUCCGAAGUGACUUCCAUAGGAAAUUCCUGGAUAGGUAUAUACUGUAG